AUGCUUCCCCCAAACUGGCCCGUAGAUGGGCCAGCCCAUCAAUACGUUCCAUCGCCCAUGUGCCCUGGUUGCUCAGAUGGGCAGGUUAACCCAGGAAGGAUUCGGGGUUCGCUUGGAUGGGCAUCGGGCCAACGAGGUGAGGCAAUUCACCACAUUCGCGGACAGGGUGCCGAUUUCGCCGCCAAGGUCUCGCUGACUCUGGCACAAUGGCGGUGCAGCAGACUCGGCGACGUCCCCUGCUGUGGCUGCUAUUGCGACCCUGAUUGGCAAGGGUUGUGA